AUGUGGAGACAUGGAAAACAGAAAUCAGAGAAAGCACAAAGGCAGAUUCCAGAUGAAGAACCAAGGGUGCCAACAGCCAGCCCUAGGCUUUCCCGUGAAGAAAGAGCAGCUGGAGAUGACAGCACUCAGGAGCGCACUGUUCCUAUAACCAGCACAUCACCAGCCCCGGGGGCAGGAGAUUGGUACAGAAGAGAAGGAGAUGUGGUCUGGGAUGUACACAGUGAAGUUUAUAUUGAGACUACAGAAAGAACUCGUGUGUAUAAGACUGAAGAGAAGACCCCAGCAAGUCCUCCCUACAUGCAAGUGACGAUAGAGGACGUGCAGGUGAAUUGUGGGGAGCGUGCCAAGUUUCAGGCAGUCAUUGAAGGAACCCCUCAGCCAACUGUUUUGUGGUUUAAGGGCACUUCAUUGCUGACAGACAGCAACAGGGUCCAUCAAGGGAAGGAAGGAACAACAUAUUUCUUAGUUGUGGACAAUGCUGUCUCAGAAGAUGGUGGAGUUUAUACCUGUGUUGCCAAAAAUGCAGGAGGGGAGGUUUUGUGCAAGGCAGAGCUGGUUGUGCGUGAAGAGACAGGCCCAGUGCUUUGGAUUGUCUUUCCCACAAGUGGUUCAUGCAUAAUGUCCCCCUUGAAGCAGCUCAUUUCAUUAAUACCAAGCAGCUCAAGUUCAUUGUGGCUCGGAGCAAGUGGCAGCGCUCUCUGAUGUGCUAUAAAUCCAUCCUGGUGAUGAGGUCUAUCCCAGAAAUCCUGGAGAGGACUCAUGACAACACCUCCCUGGCCAUCUCCCGACAUCUCAUUGAAG